AUGGCCUAUUUUGGAAAUAAUUAAUAGUGUGGUGAAUUAUAAGAGUUGUAUGCUUAUUUGAAUGAUUUAAAUUUUGAGAAAAAGUAAGAAGUUUUACUAAAGAAAUUGAUAUGCUAUUAAGACUGUAAAGAAAGUAUUGCAUCUAUGACAAGUAGGGAAAGGUGUGUCACAAUUUUUGAAUAAUUUAUUAAGUGUCUUGAAUUUUAAGACAUAGAGAUGAUAAGUUAGCAAUAAUAUUGAUACCUUUAUAAAGAGAAUUAUUCUUGAUUAAAACCAGAUUAUGGUUAUCUAAAAUUUCAGCAAAGAUGUUCGUAAAUCAGAAAAUCCAUUCUAUAAGAACAUUCGGUUGUAUUAGAGUUUUUAAAUUGAAUGAGUAUUUAAUCAAAUCCUUUAAAGAUUGUAUUUAAGAUGAUGAUCGUUAUGUGCAUAAAAAAAAACAGUUGCUUUAUUUCCAAAGGUAAUCUCUUUUCAUUUUUAUUUGGUUUUUGAAGUAUCACCAGAAUUAUGUCCACCUAUACUCGAAUAAUUGAAGAAAGUAUUGUUUUGGCAAAUUUAUUUUGUCUAUGAGAGAAGUUGAAGUAGUCAAUGGCAAACAAUUAAUACAAUUGAGUCCUAAAAUCAAACAAAAAUUGCUAUUAGUAAUUGAUGAAUGAAUACAAUUGAGGAUAGAUAUUCAUUCUCUAUUAUUUGGCUACUUAUGAUCCAGUUGAUUAAAAUUAGCUGAAAUUAUUGUUGAAAGAAUAUUACCAAGAUUAAGUAUUAUCAAUCCUACUUUAAUUUUCUGUGCUGUUAAUCUUAUCCUCAAUUUAUUAGAUUACCUUGAUAAUGGAGAUUCUAGUUAAGAAUCUUUGUAAAAAGAUUUCUCUUUCACUUAUAUAUCAGUUUUCUUGA